AUGGCAAACGUAAACGACGCCUUGAUGCGCCGUGGGAAGCUUGAAGGCAAUGCAUCUACCGCCAAACGGAAGCGCACCAGCAAGAGCUCCUGUGACGACAAUGUUGCUUGCAAGAAGUCGAGGAGCUCAAUGUCCACGUGGCUCUCACCUGCAGCUCAAAGCAAACCCACCAGAUCAACCAUCACGCCCGAGCCGAAAGCUGCAACUUGCGUAAAGGAAUUAAUGUCUCCGAGCAAGGCUCUCCCUUCGACGCAGUCGUAUAUUGACGUGGGUCAACGCAGCUUUGGCAAGCUCGUCACUUGUUCCAAAUGUGGACUGCUGUACACAGCUGGGGAGGAGGAGGACGAGAAGGAGCACCAGAAAUUCUGCAAACGGAUGAAACGUGGCGUCACGUUCUCUAAGUGGAAGAAGGAACGAGUGCUGAAAACGGUUUCAGAUACUAAAGCACGGAUAUUGGAGAUCCGAGGGGAAGACCCUAGCUCACACGUCAAGAAGCUGCUGGAGAUCAAGGAAGUACUCGACGACGCAUUGGGUUUUGUCGAAGAGAAGGUAUUCUUGCAGCGCCCCACCUUUGUAUACAUCCAGGACCGUCAGGUCGUUGGGUGCAUUAAUACGGAGCGCAUUUCAGAGGCCUUUACUUUGGACAAGACUGCUUCAAACUUGGUUACCAAAGAUGACGAGAACUCUGUAGCUUCUGAAGGUGCAGUUACUGCGUCUAUCGAUUCGAGAUCUGCGGUUGUCGGCAUCUGUCAGCUGUGGGUGCACCCUUCUUUCCGCAGGAAAAACAUCGCAACAAGAAUGGUGGACGUUGUACGCGAGAAGUCAAUCUACGGAAUGCAUGUGGCCAAGGACCAAAUUGCCUUCGCGCAACCGACGCGAAAUGGGCUGCAGUUUGCACAAAAAUACAUGGAACCGGCCGAGGUGCUUAUUUAUUGA